UCUUAAAUAGUCACCAGCAAUUUACCUGUCAUCCAGGUCACUCGCUACCGCUUCUGGACGUUUUACCCCAGGGUAGUUGGGGAAGAGAAACCUGUGGGUCGGAUUCUAAGGGGCUCAACUCACCCCGGACGAUCGCAUGGUGUCGGGUGGUGUUUUUGGUAGUGAUGUAUUUAUAGUAGAGAUACCUAAACCAAAAUAGGUACAUCUUGUGAUUCUGAGACCUGCUUGGUGAUAGAAACUAGGUAGCUCGUCCCAUUUUUUGUAUGGAGAAUGCCUUUCAGCUAGUUUAUUUACGUUAGGCAAUCUGGAUUGAAGAAGAAGUUAUUCAAUCAGAAAUUCUGGAUAGAAGGAUUUUUUAUUCACGAUACGAAAUAUGGAUAGAAGAAUUUGUACUCCUGUUUUGAAAGCUGGAUAGAAGAAUUUUUAUUUGCGCUUAGAAAACUGGAUAGAAGUUUUAUUUAUGUUUCUCUAGAUCUGGAUUUAAGGAAUUGUAUUCACGUUGGCAAAUCUGGAGUGUUAUUCACGCUAGGAAAUCUGGAUAAAAGGAUUUAAGAGUUUGUAUUUAUGUUAACAAGACUGGAUAGAAGCAGGAUUAAAUGUCUUUGAUGCCAGGUAAUGUUUUGUUUGGAGUAAAUUAUCUAGUGAUUCGUUGAGAGGAUCUUGUUUUAUUCAUACGUUGUUCAAAGGAUCUAUUUGUGUAUGUGUGUACAGCAGCAGCAGCAUCAACAACAGUAGCAGACGCCAUGAUGCAGAAUCACGUGAAGGUUUAUACUCAAGGCAACUCCCUGAAGUACACGGACAACGUGUCCUGGCUACAGAUCCAGAGGAACACCUUCACCAACUGGCUCAACGAGCAGCUAAAGGCGGUCGGAGUGGUCAUACAGGACUUACGCACGGACUUCGCCGAUGGAGUCAACCUCAUCCGCUUGGUGGAGACCCUGCAGGGCAGAAAUGUGGGGGCCAUCGUCAGGAAACCUCAAAACCAGUACGAGAAAUUUCAGAACAUCACCGUGGCACUGGAUGCCAUUCGAGCUGACGGCGUCCGCAUUGUCAAUAUUGACAGCACAGACAUCACUCAGGGCGACAUCAAGUUGGUCUUGGCGCUCGUCUGGCAGCUCAUCUUGCGAUACCAGGUGGGGCUGUCGGCGGUUCAACACAGGGCGUGGUUCCUCAAGUGGCUACAGGCCGUCAUACCCGAGUGCAAUAUUAAAAACUUCACCACCGACUGGAACGAUGGGACGGCGCUCUACGCUCUGUUGGACUUCUGUAAAGCAGGUCUUGGAGCCAACUGGAGACAGAGAGACAGGGGAGAUAAGCUGAACAACUGCCGAGAUGCCAUGAAGGUUGCUAGGCAACACUUUGGGAUUCCCCUGGUGCUGCGGCCCGAGGACCUGGCGAGUCCUCAACUGGACGAGAGGUCGGCCAUCACGUACCUGUCUUACUUCAUCAAGGUGGACGGGCCCGGGUACGUGGCCACGCUAGAGAAGCUCCAGUACAGGCUGAGAAACCGAAGUGUCAGGAACUUCACGACUGACUGGCAUGAUGGUCGCGCCCUCUGUGAAUUGGUUUACACUUCCGGUGUAAAUAUUCCUGGAUGGCCAGAAUUGGAAGGAACGCCGCUUCAGAACUUACAGCUAGGAGUGGAAGGAGCCAAGCAAAUCGGCAUAGAACCGCUCCUGACUCCUGAAGAGAUUUCGGAGGAGACAAAUGAACACCUUGGCAUCAUGGCGUAUACCGCCCAGUUCCUCAAGCAUGCGCAGUCGAUACCCGCAGCACGGAACGUCAUGUACAACGUCCCACAUCGCAUUGAUGUACACGACAGACAUGACGUCACACAAUACGUCAUACAGCACGGCAGACCGGACACUGCACAGGACGUCAUCCCAAAGAAGGUGACGGUGCAUAACAGCGACAGGUACUCGGAGCAUGUGUCAUCCAUGAAUUCUGUCCAUACCUCGUCCAUCACCUCCCCCUCCCAGUCACCAUCCUUCCACCUCGUCAAGAAAACCCCGGACGUGCAACCUCAACACAUGGCGAGAUUGGAACUCCCGGCAGCGGAAUCCUACAAAGUGGACGUCUACUCCGUGGGUGUGAUCAUCGAAACCAAGAUGAAUGGGGACUUCGACCCUGAAAUGGUACUGGUAGAAGCGGAGGCACCGAGUGGCAGAAUCAUCAAAAUCACCGGAGCUGGACACUAUAGUGCUCAAUUCAUGCCCAACGAAAUAGGCCAGUGGAAGGUGUCUGUGUAUUACGAUGGCCGCUAUCUUGACGGAUGCCCCAUUGACGUGGCUGACCCCUCGCAGGUCAGGGUUUGUGAACUUAGCGGAGGCAUGAUGGGCAGGCACCAGAACUUUAAAGUGGACUGUACGAAAGCGGGGACAGGAGACGUAGAGGUGGACAUUACACACAAGGGGAGGAAAAUCCCCGUGUAUCUGUCACAGCCGGCCAAGGGCUUUUACAAGGUGAGCUACACCCCCCAUGACCCCGGACCUUACGCCGUCAACGUCAAGUUCAACAAGGCUGAAAUUCGGGAUUGCGACUUACACAAUAUUGACCCGGAAGAGAGGCAACGAAAAGCAGUUUUCAACACAUCUAUGGUCCAAGAGGAUGGACAGAUUAAAGUGAAAGCCUCGUGUGACUGGGAAAUCGACUACCUGACUGGUGGCCCGUUUAUCUGUCACGUGACCGACGCUUCCGAUAUCCAAGUGUACGUCAUGCAGGAUGGAACAAUCUGCAGUUCUCCCCAACUGAUUGCCGACUGUACCCGGGUAGGAGACGGAGUCCUAGAGGCCGAGGUCACUUACAACGGACUGCAAUACCCCACCAAGAUCGUGCAGGACAAGCCGUGUGUAUACAGAAUCACGUUCAAGCCGCGGGGACCCGGCGUCUACAAGGUUUACAUCACCUACGACGGCACCCAAGUCAAAGGAUCUCCCUUCAUCCAGGAGAUAGAUGAACUCAAAUCACCCCAGGCUCACGGGGAGGGACUGAAACGCGCCAUCUUGGAUGAGCCCACUCACUUCUUUGUGGACCCGAGGGGAUUUCCCGGCACGGUGUCCGUUAACGUUACAGGUCCGACUUAUCCAAUCAAAAGCCAGAUCGAGCCUUUGCCUGACGGGACUCUGAAGGUCCAUUACACACCUGUCGAGAGAGGGCGCCACAUCAUCAACAUCCGGAUAGACGGCAGAGAUAUUGAAGACAGCCCCUUCAUGCCAACUGUGGUUGAUCCCUACAACGUGAGGGUGUCUGGCGGCUGGCGUCCACUGGUUGAUGAUAAGGGAAUCAUCCCACUGGUGGUCAACAAGGAGAAACAACUUCCGUUUGAUGCUUCUGCCGCUGGCCCAGGGGAACUAACUGCUCAAGUUCGGGGUCCAUCCGGUAAAAUCCCUGUCGCCAUUGAUGCCAGGAAUGAUGGGAGAAACACGGUUAUCUUCACCCCAAGAGAGGAAGGACGCCAUACUAUCGAUGUUCGUUGGAGUGGCUUCCCACUAGAGAAAUCUCCGUACAUUGGCUAUGCUACCAGAUACCCCGAGGUAGAACCUGACAACUACAAACUGGUCCAGAUUCCGCUAAAAACAGACAGCUACCCCAGACAGAUGGAAGCCUACCCCAGACAGAUGGAAGCCUACCCCAGACAGGCGGACACUUACCCCAGACAGGCGGACACUUACCCCAGACAGGCGGACACUUACCCCAGACAGACGGAGGCCUACCCUAGAGUGACAGACACGUUCCCUAGACAGACGGAGGCCUACCCCAGAAAAACGGACGCCCCCAGACAGACAGUAGUCUACCAAUAUCAGUCGGAUCCCUACCAGCGACAGGACGAUCCCUACCCCAGACCACCAUCCACCGUGGGUUCUCUGAACGGAGAGCCACAAGUCAGCAUCCACGGAAGCGAACCCGCCAUCUACCGUCCGUACCAGGCACAGCAAGGACCGAACGUCAUCUUCGAGCACCCUCAAGAAACGCCUCCCCCAUCCAUGCCGAACGCUGUCAAAGUCCUCCCCACUCUAGACGCGAGAAGGUCUCCUAAAGUCAUCCUUAGUGGGCGGGGCCUUAAGGAAGCAGAGGUAGACAAGCCAGCGGUGUUUUACGUAGACGGAACCAAGGCUGGAGUUGGCUUCCCGGCCGCUGAACUUUCCAGCAUUAACGACAAGGUUCCCGUGAACAUAGAGCCAGUACGUCCACAGGUGUCAAAGUGUACGUACAUCCCCAGGAAACCAGGGGCGUACCUCCUCAACCUCAAGUGGAACCACCACACCCUCAAGGGAUCGCCCUUCAAGGUAAACGUGAGGGUGCCUGCCAGACCGAUGAAGGUGAAGAUGACGAUGCCCCCAACACACGCGGUGGUGGGUAAAGACCUGGAGAUCAACAUCGACCCACGGGAAGGCGGACCAGGAGUGUCAGGAGAGCUGCGCGUGAAGUGCACGGGACCUCAUGGCCAAUCAGUGCCCUGCACGCUGUAUGACAAUUAUGAUGGCACGCGCCGUCUUAAGAUCAAACCAACCGAAAUUGGACACCAUGUUGUGGAAAUUACAUAUUGUGGAGAACAUAUACACGGUAGCCCGUAUGCUAUUGACAUCAAGGCGAGUCACGUGGUUGGAGACGUGAAGGUGUGGGGUCCUGGUAUCGAGAAUGGAAUUAUUCCUGGCUUCCAGUCUCACUUCUGGGUGGACGCUACAGGAGCGGGGGCAGGCGAACUUAGAGUUAGAAUAAUGGGUCCAAAAGGUGCAUUUAAAGUAAAGAUGAGAAAGACGAGCCAAAAAGACAAAGUUUACCAAUGUUUCUACGACCCGAUCGAGAGCGGCAUCUACACCAUCUACGUGCAGUGGUCGGGCACCCACGUGGACGGCAGCCCCUACACCGUGCUGCUCGCCAACAGCUCGCGAGAGCUCGACAUGAUGAACGAAGACCACACCUCGAGUUUACACUCCAAACAACACUCACCGCGCGACUUUGCCCGCGGCCAUACCAGUUCCACCUCUCCGCAGCACCACUCUAACAGUGAAUUCCUCUACUAGUUUCCAAACAACUGCUGACAAAUGUCCACUACAUCAACUGAUAUUGCUUACAAUAUUAUUGUAUAUGAUUUUUAAAGGAUUACAGUGGAUUCAUAUGCUAGUUUCCAAAACAACAUCAACUGAUAUUGCUUAUAAUAUUGUUUUAUAUGAUUUGUAAAGAAUUACAGUGGAUUUCGAGACUAGUUUCCAAAACAACUGCUGACAAAUAAUACCAGUCGAACAAUGAAUUCCUGUAUUAGUAUCCAAACAACUGCAGACAAUUCACAUCAAAAUCCAGCAGUGAAUUCAUAUACUAGUUUCCAAACAACUACUGACAGCUAACAUCGUCAACUCAGCAGUGAAUCUUUAUUCGUCUUUUCAAACAAGUGCUGACGAUUCCUGUACUAGUGUCCAAACGACUACCUAAAAUCCACAUCAAACUCAAGAGUAAAUUCCUGUACUAGUUUCUAAACAAUUGCUUAUAACUUACGAUAUCAACGAUAUUGCUUAUAUAUUUUAUAUCAUUUUAAAGACUAUAAUUGUACAAUAACUUUUAUUUUAAUACAAUUAUUCUAAAGCUUCAUAGAAUGACAAUUUUUAUUAAAGGCAGGAUUGCACAGCCGUUGAACGAUUAUCUGGCUAAACAAAAUAUUCCUUGAAAAUAUGUACAUUUAAUUUAUCCAGAAAAAAAGUACUUUAUCCAACCUUCUACAUAAGCGUCAUAUCCCAUUUGUUGACCGAUACGCUGGUAUAUAAUUGAAUUAUGGCUACGUGGCUAUAAAUCAGAAAACAUAGCUUACUAAGUGUUGAUGUAUAGUCUCUUUUAUCAGUGUUAUAGACAAUAUGAUCAUUAAAAAUCAUGAAAAAGGGAAUGUAUUCCGCGAUUUAUAAUUUUAUUCCUCCUUUUUUCUUUUCUUUUCUGCCGGCUUAUAUAAACGAUAUAUGGUGCAUAUAUUAAACGAGUAAAUUAAAGGUAACGGCAUGGCUGUUAUUCGGAUACAUGGUACAUAUGUAUAUACAUAUCUAUUAUUCUCACAAUGCAUAUACAGUUUGCAGGUGCUAUGUUAACUUGGUCUUAUGUUAACCUGUCUUAUGAAUAUUCAUGUAUUAGUGCUGUAGCGUAACAUGUGAUAUUUUUUUUAUAUACUAUAAUCAUUAUUAUGAGUAAUACGUAACACAGAAAUGUGUGUGUGUGUGUGUCAACUAUCUGGCGUGUAGAAACCCGUACAGUAGUCGCGGAUAACAACAGACGAAUAGGUUGAACGGAUGACAAUAGCCGAAUGUGGGUAACACAUCUUCAUAACAGAAGUAGAAUUGAAAUACAGGAAUGUCUGUUUAACGACAGGUCAGCACAUACCACGACCUUCAUAUGUUUGGACAUUGGUAAGAGUGAUCUAUCUUGAGACCCAGCAUACCUCAGGCGGCAGGCGAGUGUUAAGGAAAUUAUGCACGGUGGGGCAUAUUUUAGCGAGAGAUGUUUUUAGGGGGGUGAAAAUAUAUUGGUUUUUGGUUUUGAAAAUUUGCUUGAGUAAGGGUACGGUCGUACCCUCGCCCCCUCCCCCCUCCCCCCUUCCCCCUCCCCACACGCACCAGGGCUGGCACGACAACCACAUGCACUGUAAUGACACCACGUGCACUGAAAUGACAUCACGCGCACUGUCUAGCAACUGUCAUUACGGCACACAAUUAUGUUAUUUGUUUCUGUUAGAAUACAAUAUCGAAGCCAUCGAUACCAGUUAAAUCGUUGGUUUGUUUUCGUAAUUAUUACGUUUUGUUUGUAACUAACACAUAAUAUAUCACUGCUUCUCGUAUGAAUAUAAUAUAUAAAUUAUAUUGUAUAUAAGUUGUUUGUAAAGAAAUAUUCUUUAUCAUUAUCAUAUUACAAGCGACAGCGUAGUCAAAUUAUAUUAUUGUACAUUAUCAUAUUACAAGCGACAACGUAGUGAAAUUAUAUAUUACUGUAGAAUGUAAUGCAUUUACGUUUGUAGACAAUAAAAAUUCAUCCAUU